AUGUCAUCUGUUGCGAAAGACACUGCAUUUUUGCCUCUCAGUUUGGAAACAGACAGGAGGACUCCAAUGCUUGCCAGAGCCAGUCUCAUCACCAUUACAUUCACAAUCCAAAAUAUAAUGAAUGUUCUUCAAAGCCAGGUUUUUGCUGGCUCGCCUUGCAUUUCCCAGUCGAUAAUAACCAGCAAGCCCCUCACAGAGCUGCCCACGCCCGGUUGCUGUGGGCUCUGCUGCCAUCAAGUGGAAGCCAGCAAAAUGCCAAGGACUCCCCGUUCCAUACACCGCGGCAGUGCUGGUGCUUUAAUGCCUCAGGUGUCACCCGGAGUCGUGGAGACGGACAACCAGCAGCAUAGUGUAGUCAGUAGGCAGGUUUUAAAGUUUUACAGCAAUAAGGAAGGGGAUCAUUCACUAAAUGAUGGAAACGUAGCUGAUGAAAGAGGUUCUGCAGAGAAAGAAAAAGUAUUUGAUAAGUUUGGUGAUCUUUGCAAACUGGACAAGAGGGCACAGUCUGUCACCUGCUCCAGACAGGUGAUAAAGGUUACAGGCUUUACUGAUAAACCUGGCUUUAGGAAUCUCAGGCCUCUGAGACCAGAGGAAAGUUCCAAGAACAGAGAGAAGAUAUACCUGAGGAAGGAGGAGGACCAGGUGAGGGAGCACUUAAACAAAAUAGACACAGAGAAGUUCAUGGGCCCUGGUGGGUUACACUCACAAGUGCUGAGAGAGCAGGUUGAUGCCACUGCAAUGCCACUCUUUCUUAUCUCUGAAAGGUUAUGGCAUCUGGAAGAGGUUCCUGAAGAUUAUGAACCAGGACAAGUUGGAGACUUGGAUGACAAGAACUUCAUGAAGUUCAAAAAAGGGAAAUUAGAAGUCCUGCCCCUAGAGAGUAGUAACACCAGGCAUGACCAAGAGCCAGAAAGCAUUAAGAAAGUUCAAAGCUUACAAGAAAUUAUUCUCUUUGAAGUGAAAGGUAUCUUAAGAGUUUCUCCGUGUGAGGCUGAUCUUCAGGAAUUAGUGCAUCAAAUUGACAUCAUAGUAAACAGCAAGAAAGUGGAAUGGGAAAGCAAGAUGAAAGCUUUAGAAGCAAAGAUGGAUAUCCAGGAUCAAGAAUUAGCAAAUGUCCAAAGCAAACUGGAUCAAAAAGGUCAAGAGGUGGGACUACUACAGCAGAAACUAGAAGACUUGCAGAAAACUAAAUAUGAAAUGGUUCAGAAUUAUGAAACUCAGCUUCAAGCGCUGCAGUCCCAAUUUUCAAAGUUGAGACACAGUUAUGAAAAGCUACAGUCACAUCACUCAAAGCAAAAAAAGGUUGAAAGUAGAGAAAAACCUGAGAAAAGCCUAGAGACACCACCUGAACUGAACAAUUUAUACAAGAAACUUGAGGAAUUUAAAUCAAAAUCAAGAGAAGGGGAUAAGAAGGGGACAAUCUGCCAGAAUUAUUGUGUUUAUUUAGAUGCUCAACAAAAACUGUCGUCUGAGAAAUGUAAUUUACUUCAGAAGCAGAUUCAGAAUUAUCCGUUCCAAAUAAGCAAUAAGAAACAAAACCAAGAAGAGGUAAUUACCUAUGGCCAGCACAACAGUGAAAAGGAUGAGUUCAUUAUUGAAAAGCUAAAGGCAACUGUGAAUGAAAUUGCAAUAAACAAGAGGGAACUAGAAGAAGAAAAUCUGAAACUCCAGGAGGAUCUAAAAAUGUAUCGAAAGCAGUGCCAGAACAUAGAGGCAGGCUUUUCAGAAAUGAGAAAUGAGUUGCAGUCACGAGAUGCUCUCUGGAGAAGGAUACAGCUGGAAUGCCAACAGUUGCAUACAGAAUUGCUGAAAAUCAGAGAGUACAAAGAUGCACAGGAAAUUCAAAUGAAGCAUCAAUCAUCUUGUGUACAACUUACUGAGCAACUAGAAAAUAAAAUCACUGAGUUAUUACUGCUGGCACAAAGUCAAGAAUGCCAACAAGAAGAGCUAAACAAGAUAAGAAACCAUCUUUAUCGAGGAGAGCAGUCCCAUUGCUCUGAGCAGGAAAGAAUGAAGACAGAAAUCUCUGACCUGACAGAAGAGCUUCAUCAGAAGGAGAUUACUAUAGCAACUAUCAUGGAGAGAGCUAGUCUUCUGGAAAAGCAGUUAAAAAUGGAGUUAGAGAUGAAAGACAAAUUGUUAGCAAAACAACAGCUGUUGGAUUUCCAGUACAAGAUUAUCAAAUCUGAAAACACACAUCUAAAAGAGAUGGUGGAAAACCAGGAAUGUAAAAGUUGCAUGAGUAUAGAUUUAUCCAAAAAAGAACAUGGAGAUUGCAUUCACAAACUGGAGCAUGACAAUGUAAGAUUACAAAAUGGUCUUGUUAAAUUACAAAAUGACACAAACACAUCGAUGCUGGGUCUCAUGGACACAUAUGGAGAAACAGAGCGCAGCUACCAAACCCAUUCAAACAUGCAACAAAAGGAAGUGAGAACUCUCCAAAAGCAAAACAUAGAGGAAAUGGAACAUCAACAGACUGCUAUGUUCACAACCAGUGGAUACUACAGAAACCGUAGUCCUGCUUUAUAUUGCCAAGGCAAUAUCAGUGGUUCAAAAAGUGAUAGCACUUUUUCUUCUCAUACACUCCACAGAGGUCAUGAAAAGAGAAUAGAAGAUAAAUCUCCAUCACCACCAGCGAGGUAUCCUUUGGGCUUUGCUGUGCCGUUUCCUGAAGAGGGCAGAACAGGCAGCUUACUGAGCCCUGCUUGCAAUGCGGAAGAACUAAAAUUCUCAUCUUCCCCUCAGAUGUCCCUCCUUGCGACAACAGAAAAGUUCCUUCAAGAGGAAGAGAAACACACAAGAGAGUUUGAAGAACGUUUAAAUUCACACCUUGUGGAACUGCAAAGACAUUCUGAAAAUACUCUGCAGAAAUAUGCCAGGAUACAGCAGAGCAGGCAUACUUAA